AUGUCUGGUCCCCAAUGUCACCUACACAACCACGGGCACCUCGAUGACAACGUGUCUGGUCCCCAAUGUCACCUACACAACCACGGGCACCUCGAUGACAACGUGUCUGGUCCCCAAUGUCACCUACACAACCACGGGCACCUCGAUGACAACGUGUCUGGUCCCCAAUGUCACCUACACAACCACGGGCACCUCAAUGACAACGUGUCUGGUCCCCAAUGUCACCUACACAACCACGGGCACCUCGAUGACAACGUGUCUGGUCCCCAAUGUCACCUACACAACCACGGGCACCUCGAUGACAACGUGUCUGGUCCCCAAUGUCACCUACACAACCACGGGCACCUCGAUGACAACGUGUCUGGUCCCCAAUGUCACCUACACAACCACGGGCACCUCGAUGACAACGUGUCUGGUCCCCAAUGUCACCUACACAACCACGGGCACCUCAAUGACAAUGUGUCUGGUCCCCAAUGUCACCUACACAACCACGGGCACCUCAAUGACAACGUGUCUGGUCCCCAAUGUCACCUACACAACCACGGGCACCUCGAUGACAACGUGUCUGGUCCCCAAUGUCACCUAGACAACCACGGGCACCUCGAUGACAACGUGUCUGGUCCCCAAUGUCACCUACACAACCACGGGCACCUCAAUGACAACGUGUCUGGUCCCCAAUGUCACCUACACAACCACGGGCACCUCGAUGACAACGUGUCUGGUCCCCAAUGUCACCUACACAACCACGGGCACCUCGAUGACAACGUGUCUGGUCCCCAAUGUCACCUACACAACCACGGGCACCUCAAUGACAACGUGUCUGGUCCCCAAUGUCACCUACACAACCACGGGCACCUCGAUGACAACGUGUCUGGUCCCCAAUGUCACCUACACAACCACGGGCACCUCGAUGACAACGUGUCUGGUCCCCAAUGUCACCUACACAACCACGGGCACCUCGAUGACAACGUGUCUGGUCCCCAAUGUCACCUACACAACCACGGGCACCUCAAUGACAAUGUGGCUGGUCCCCAAUGUCACCAAUUUAACUGA